GGUAUAGAGGAAGGAAUAUCUCAAAUCACUCAAAAAAGUCAUGACAGCAGACAAGUGUUUGUUUUCAAUUUUCCACUGGAUAUCACAUUUAAGAGCACAAACCCUUUUGGAUGUGAGUUUGUUAGUAUUAGUCGUUGAAAUGUUUAGGCAAACAAUAAAUCACAACGUGUUCCUUACCUCGAAAAUAAUUUGAUGCUCAAAAUAUUUUUAAAAUGUUCCUGACUUAUACUACGAAUCGAACUCCUUCGUCAGUUCAGUGACUCUGUACGCCAUGUUGAUUACCCGAUUCUAGAAGCCUAAGACGUAGUACAAAUAUUGAAAUAAGCCGUACAGAUUUAGUAAAAACUUUAAUCAAAGCGAAAAUGAUAAACGUUUCUUGCAAUCAUCAUGUGUUUAGCACUUUCCCUCGUUCGAAAAAUAUAAGCGCCAUAUUGAAAAAUUCUGAUGUGCGACUAGACUACCAUGAAACGGUGAUCGCUAGAUAGUAUACUUCAAAAUAAGGUUUCCGUUUUUAUAACGUAGAAAAAAAUAUCCUAACGCAAAACUAAACCCUAACCCUAAUACUAACCCCAACCUAACCUUUAACCUAAACCCUAACCUAACCCUAACUUAUUUUAAUUAUUUUAAAAAUUGAUAUAAAAACGGAAACCUUAUUUUGAAGUAUACUAUCUAGCAAUUGCCACCAUGAAAUCUACCAUGAUGCUUUGUAAUUCCGCAUUUGGCCGCAAUGGCCUAAAUACGACAUUGUAAUCAUUAGUAACCAUGGGCGUACCGGAAGGAAAAAAUUAGGGGGGCGGAAAGAAAAUUGCCCGACUUUUCGAAUUCUGCCCGACUAGUAUCAAAAAAAUUUUUCCGGAAAAAUUAUUUUGGCGACCUCCCCCCCACCCCCACCCCCCCAACCUAUUUUUUUCGGAACAUAAAAAUUUUCGAAAAAAACUCAAAAAAUUGACUUAAUUUUACACAAAAUUGACUUAGUUUUAGACACAAUUGACAGAAUUUGUCCCAUUUUUGUUAUUGCAAGCCAAAAUUGCCCGACUGUUGAUCGAAUAUUGCCCGACUGCCCAGAAAACUGGGGGGGGCUGCCGCCCCCCCCGCCCCCCCGCCCGGUACGCCUAUGUUAGUAACUUAUUAACCGAACGCGAGGUUUGUACAGAGAAAUAUCGGACCAAGGUCUUUUUUGUACAGACUGAGUCCGUAGGGUGAGGUUUGUACAAAAGACCGAGUUUCGAUAUUUCUCUGUACACACCGAGCAAGCGAGGUUAAUAAAAGGUUUAUUAUAUGGCAUUUAUACUUGAAACUUCGAUUUGGUCGAAGAAAACAAAAAAUACCAAUGUAUUCCUUCUUUUCCACUAAAAACCAUUCGCAGAUAUCUUAUUAAUAACAAAUUAAAUUAUAAUUUUCAAUUAAUUUUGCUGCUUUGUUUUAAAAUGCAUGCGCUUGUUUUUACGUACUGGACCGCCGGUCUAUUACGGGAAAAUAAUGGACCGCUGAAAGUGCGUCUCAGCCAAUCACAGUCCGCCAUUUCACCGGAAGUGAUGCUUGCCAUGUAAUAAUACAAUUUCAAGUAUAUGGUUAUACAUUCUAGGGCCACAAUUGGUAGUCAGCUGUUAUGGACCAGAUGCGUUUGGUCAUGAUGUUGUCAGAGGCUACGGAGCGGUCCACGUACCAAUUUCUCCAGGAAGGUAGAUGUCUAAUUUAAUGAGCGAUCUACCUCAUUUAAGGUGGCUCCCUACAGUUGUGUAAACAUGCGACUGGUAACGAAAUGACGUGAUUUUGUCAAGAAAAUUUGAAUUUCACCGCGCAAGGUUUGUAAUGCAAUAACUUGUUUUUCCUUCGGUCAAUUUUUCUGAAAUUUUGUAUUUUAGAAGUACUGGUCAUUUAUUGCAAUAUACUCAAUUUUUUAAAAAUUCUAUAAAACAGUUUUUGUGGAACAAAUUUUGCGCAAUAUCUCAAAAAUUGAAUUUAUAACCCCCCUAACUUUUUGAUGGAAUCUUCCACUACAUAUUUUGCGUCAUUGUGAAGACCUUAUUUUUCCGCUGCUGUUUCUUUACAACUGUAGGGAGCCACCUUAAUUCAGUAUAAAACCUUGUGAAAAAUUUCUCAACAGCCAUCGAUAACAAAAAAGAUACAUGUACUUCUUAAUGUUUCAAGCAAAGGUCGUCCUCUUAACUCUUCUGACAACGGAAACACGUUCAUUAUGACUUUGUUUUAGAUUUAUUUGUGAUGUUUUCUUUGUUGGGCUAGUAUUCCAAAAGUCGUUGGUUCGAUUCCCACCGUGGCCAGGCAUAUUUUUCAAGCUUUCCCGGUGUGGAUAUACACUCAGAGUAUUAUUUAUACACUCAGAGUAUUAUUUAUUUAGCUUUGCCAACUAGGGCAGGGUCACCACAACAGCAUAUGCCAAUUACUGCGGGACCUUUUAGCUAUAACCCACCCUGUCAACUUUCCCAAUUAUUUGUUUCAGUCACUCACGAGAAAUUCCAAUGUUUGUGCCAGAAUCAUCAUCAAGACUUCAAAAGUUCACUAGGUAUGUGUUGUUGCUGUUGCUGUUGUUGCUCCUGUUGUUGUUGUUGCAUCUGCUGCUGUUGUUGUUGUUGUUCCUGGUGCUAAUGUUCCUGUUGCUCCUGCUGUUGUUGUUGUUGUUGUUGUUGCUCCUGCUGUUGUUGCUACCGCUAUUUGUGUUGAUGCUGCUGUUGUUGUUGCUGCUGUUGUUGUUGCUGUUGUUGUUGCUGCUAUUGUUGUUGCUGCUGUUGCAUCUGCUGUUGUUGUAGGGUUGUUGUUGUUGUUGUUGUUGUUGUUGCUAUUGUUGUUGCUGUUGUUGUUGUUGCUGUUGCUGUUGUUGUUGUUGUUGUUGUUGCUGUUGUUGCUGGUGUUGUUGCUGCUGGUGUUUCUGUUGUUGUUUUGCUGCAACUGCUGGUGUUGGUGGUGUUGUUGUUGUUGGUGAUUCUGGUAUUUUCUUUGUUUAUAAUGUUUUCUUAUUUGUUUCGUUAGUUGGUUUUUAGGAAGAAGACCUGAAUUUGUUGAUCCCAAAGUUAUUGCCCAGAGUGAAGGACGCGAAGGUACGUUACGUCUAAUGUCUUUGCGGAGGUCUUGUUACACACUGGUGAAGAUCAGGUGCAAGUACUGACUUACGUGAACUAUCCCACGCAACCGCAUGAUCAAAACAAAACAAAAAUUGACCGGACUUUUUUUUAAAAAAGAGCCAUUUUUGAAAGGUUUCUAAUGGAAAAAAGCGUUGAAUAAUACUUCGUUUUGAGUGCCAAAUCACUUGCGAGUCUAUACAGCAAUUCUAUACAUAUGAUACGAAUAUCACUAGACCAAAAAAUAGCUACGAAACAAUGUUUUUAAAUUUUUUUUAAAUAUACACUGUCAACUGUAAAACAUUUGCAAAAUUGCAUACAAACGUUUAAAAAGUUGUUUACUUCUCAAGAAAACGACGUUUUUAGUCUUGUUUCUGCAAGAUUAAUUUAAAGUGAUUAUAUGUAAACAGAAAAAUAUUUCAGUUUCAUAGCCUAAUUGUUUAUUUUUAGCAAAAACUACAAAACCAAACAUGAAACAAAAAAAAACACGUCCACCCAUAGGCAGCCCACUAAACGACUGAAUUUAAAUUAAAACUACAAUGAAAUUAUAAAAUUUAACGAAAAUAAUCACAAAUUAGCGAAAUAUAUUGCAAAAUGUAGCUUAUAUUAAAUCUCCACUCGAUUGACCUAUCGGCGAACUGACGUAUAUUAAAGUAUACCUUAAUAUACGUCAGUUCGCCGAUAGGUCAAUCGAGUGGAGAUUUAAUAUAAGCUACAUUUUGCAAUAUAUUUCGCUAAUUUGUGAUUAUUUUCGUUAAAUUUUAUAAUUUCAUUGUAGUUUUAAUUUAAAUUCAGUCGUUUAGUGGGCUGCCUAUGGUCCACCUGUUUAUAAUAGGCUGUUCCAGCUGAUAGAUUGAGUGAACGUACUAAACGGCAGGGUUCAAUUAGCUUCAACCUUAACGAGGUUUUGUUGUUUUCAUCGAUUUGAUCCUUCACAAUAAUCCUUGGCUGUCCAUGGCACUCGAAUAAAUCGAAAAGUUGACAAAAACAAAACAGUAAAAACAACAUUGCCGCUAGAUUUUGCUGAAUGAAAGCUCGUUCUGCGCCCGCGUACAAUCUUUUACUAGUCAGCGACGCUUUUCAAUAAGGGGAAUUUAAUUUCUCGAGUUGCACGAGGCUAUUUUCUAAUACAUUUAUUGACAGUCAUCUUUGGUUUAUUUUCUUGCAUAAUACUACUUCUUGCACAAAUAGACUAUAAUUAUUUGUAGUUUUUAGGUUGCUUCAUUCGUUAUUCCGCUAGAAUUUUCACCGAAAAGGCAAAACAUCGAAGUCGCUUCCAUUUUGAGUUUUUGACAACCUGCGGAACAUUUGUUGACACAUGCGCAGACGUUUUUUCGCGGUGUUGGGACCCGACCAUUGGAAUGUUGUUAAUAUUUCGCACCUUCCGAACUUUCUUGAAUUGAAUCUCUAGUCUGUAUUAAUUUACAAUUAGCAUAGCGAACCAGAAAAGUGUUAAAAAUUCAGUAUAAUAUAUAAGGGAAAAAAGUAUGAGAGUAUUUAGAAUUAUUGUCAUCUUUUUCGUACACAUUUUUCUUAAUCAACUAGCUGAACAAGCUAGGCUAAGUUACACUAUACUUUAAAGGUGUUUACAUUUUGAACUCAGUGCUACAGUUGUAAAAUAUACGAUUAGAUAUAUACUUAUUACAACUAUUCCUGCUCUGAGGGCAGCCACCUACUUUCUCAACCUACCAAAACAAUAAUCAAAAUUUAAUGUUACAGUAACAAAAUUAUUAUUUUAUAGUAACACGAGUGCGAUCCCAGGGAGGUAUCAAGGUAACAUGGAAUGUUAUCACAAGAGAUACGAAAAAACUUGGUUAUGAUUGCGAACCAGCAAGCGUUGCAAUUCCUUCGCUGUAUAAUCCUACGACUGCUGCCACCUCGGUACGUUCCGCAGAUGAUGGCGAGAAUGGAUCUAUGUUGAAAGAAAGUCAAACCGCGAUAGAGUGA